UAAAGGGUGUACAAAGCCCGAAGACUCGUCUCCUUCGAACGUAGCAUGGUGCAAAAUGGAGUCGCAAUAUCUUGCGGGGAAUGCAGCAGCAGCGGAACCAGCGAUAUCACGGAACCUGGGUCGCCGUGCAGCACCAGCAGCGACGAGGGAAUAGCCGCGAUACGCGGCACGUCCGCCAGUCCGCUGCUACCGACCCUGUCCAAGCUGGCGCCGUCGUCGCAGAUCGGCACCAGGCCCCAGUGGCCCUGGACCCCGCCGUUGGCGGCGACCGCCUGCUCCACCACCGCGUACAAGAGGCUGAGAGGUGAACCGGAAGCUGGCGCUCUUCCGCGCUCCGGCGCCGCCGAUCCCACCUCCAGGGGUGCCGGCAAGGGAAACGGAAAGACUGGUCAACAUCAUCACGAGUCGCAGGGAAAGAUCACGGAGUACUUUAAGACUCAGAUCAAGCCGCAACAGCCGAAGGUCAAGAAAACAAGCGAAAUGUCAGUGCUAGUAGCGAAAAGCACAUCGGAGUUUCGGAGGCCACCUACGGUGCAGAGGAACAAAGGUGGUCUUGCUAAAUAUCUGGGAAAUAAUAUGUCGUCGAAUUCAAACCGCGUCUCCUCGGCUAAUGACUGGGAGGUGAGAACGCUAACGUCGCCGUCGGCUGCCUCGAAGAAGCCACCGUUGGUCAUCGCGCCGAGAGCCAACAAUAAGAUAGACAAGAAACUGCCGAAGCCGCUGCCAAGUCUGCCAAUCUCGAACGACGUACUCAAGAAUCUACCCAAGAUCUCAUCCCUUAGAUUAACUUCGGACGCGAGUAUCAACGCGACCAAAUGCAGCUCUCCGCCAGCAAGCGCUCCUUCGUUAAGCGAGGCCGUGCCACUGGACUUUAAGGGUUGCAUUCUAUCGAAACCGCACGUGAAUGAGAACAACAAUUUGACGAACGGCUGCAGCAGUAUUCUGGGCGCAUUGAGGUCACAAAACGGUCGCGAUUCACCCAUCUCGAGGUUGUCUUCGCCGUCGAAGGAAGACAGUAAGGAUGAGGAUGCGCAGCCAACGCCUGUCGACGAGGACGACGUGGACGAGGAGGAUUCUCGAAGUAGCGAGUCGAAACCGUCGUUGUCGCCCAUUCUCUCCGCACCCACUACUAUCCGGUUUCCGGCACGAGCUCCCGAGAAGGACAGACCACAGGCCACCGACAGCGGGAUCUGCCGCUGGGAUAAGUGCGAAGCUAGUUUUGAAUCUGUGGGUGGUCUUCUGGAGCAUUUACAGGCUGCACACAUCAACACGCAAACUGGUGGCGACAACUUCGUUUGCCAGUGGCAGGGUUGUAAGGUGCAAGGGAGAACCUCGUGUUCACGACGAUGGCUGGAGAGACAUGUUUUGUCUCACGGUGGCAAUAAACCCUUCCGAUGUAUCGUCGACGGCUGCGGUUGUAGAUUCAGCUCUCAGACGGCACUCGAAAGGCAUGUGAAUGGUCAUUUUAAUCAGCCGGAAACAAGUAACACUAACGGAAGACGUAGUUGCGAGAACGGCGGCAAACUAGUUAGAAGGAACGGAAAGAAGCUUAGAUAUAGGCGACAACCUUGGUCUGCGAGACUUUUUGAUUACUUUGACUCGGGAGUGAUGGAAGGUCUUCAGCAUAGGCUACAGGAACUAGCGUCAUCGAGGACGCAGGGGCAACUAGCUGAGACGCCAGGAAACUCGAUGGCACUAACUAGUCAAGUUUUAGCGAAGAGAGUCGAGAUGGACGGAAAGACGAGAGUACUACUGCGGUGGUAUCCUAAGGAUAUACCGGACGAAUGGGUACUAGAAUCCGAAGUACAAAGCACGAAAUACGUAGAUAUUCGCAAAGUGGCUGCCAGUAAUCCGGAAGAGGUGAGUUUGGCUCUCUAUCCAGCGCUAAACGGUGGCGCGCCACCGACAGCGCGAGUGAAGCAACGCCGGAAACCAGUAAAGAUCUCGUGAUAAUGUCGGCCAAUUGACCGGAUACCAGAAUUGACCUAACCUGAGCGCUUACACCUGAACCAGAGAGGAAGAACAGAAUUCUGCCGAUUGAGACGAGCAGAACACGGUCUACACUCUUCCUGGUCGGUGAAGACGAAGGCCGCCGACUAUGCGACCUGAAAAUACCCGAAUGUAUCGAGAGACGGAGCACACGCGCUUAGAAGAUAACUUAUCUAAUCUAGGAGAACGACCAAUCCUUUUGCGAAUCCAGAUCGAUUAGAAGAUAAGAAUCGUAGCGACAGGAAGAAAAUCGCGCGAAAGAUAAUAAUUUCAGAAUGAAUCGGAGCGUACAGUAUAGUACAGAAAAAAGGAGAAUGUACAGCUGGAAAAAGGACAAUAGAGGGAUACGAUCAUCCGUCCCCCGUUUGAGCUGGACGAGAGCGUUGCUAGCCGUUGAAACGAGCAUACUCUUCGUCAUCGUUCAUUGGAGGAUACAUACUACUAACGCGAUAAAUUCUAUGCUGAUCCCUGCCACGAGUGCUACCUCGCAUAUUUCAAAAUUCGUCGGCCUCGGAAGCACCAAGUCUGGACCUCGAAAGUGCCUCACCGUGGAUACGUUUUGUACCGUCUUCUAUCGCCGAUCAAGAACCCAAGAGGGGAUGAUCGCGCGGUGGAAACGGCAGUAUCGAUAGUCAAGAACAAAAAAGCGAAAAUUGAAUGAAGAAAGCAGUGAAGGGGAGCUCUUGCGUAAUUUGGUUUUGUCAAAGGAAGCCGAGGGAGUGCACAGACAAAAUAUUUAAAUGGUAGUUACAAUUUAUAAGGAGAUAAUCACUCUGGUGGCCUUAGGAUUCAAUUAAUAUCUAACAUCGGUCCCUUGGCAUUUCCGAGAACUGAUGGUACCUUUACGAUUUUCUGACGAUGCCUCGAGAAAAAAGAAGACAAAGAAAGAAGAUGCGUCUACUUUGAUUUACAACUCGGUAGAAACUCGUGUUGGCUGUUGUUCAAAAACAUGAAGAGGAACAUGAAGACACGAAGAAGAGGAUCGUGGACAGCGUGAAGCGGACGUAGAAGAUUGUAUCGAGGAACGAGAAAAAUCGCGGAGGAGGCUUAGGCUGUUAGAUGAGAAUGAGAAAGAAUGUGAAAGAGAGAGAGAGAGAGAGAGAGAGAGUGAAAGAAAGAGAGAAUGUGUGUGUGUGUAUUUGUGUGAAAGAGAAAGAAAGAAGCUGAAUGAUAUUGCUUCGAACCCGCCGUUUUUUCCCUGAAUGGGGUUGACAGUCUCCAGGCUUGAGAGCUCGGCAUGAAGUUGAAAGAUUGCGGAAUAAUCGGACGACACGUACGCCAGCGAGAUUUUUCUCGAGAAUUCUUUCUAGAAACGGAACGCGUAGAGUAAACGCGAUGUACAAAACUGAAAAUUAAGAAAAAAAGAUAGUGAUCUCAUAAGGUUCGAAGCAAACGAGUUUUCGCUAAGGGACGUCGAGCUUACUUCCUUUUCGUGCCCAAGACGUGUUCGAUUUUUCAUGCGAUGAUACUUCAUUGUCGCAUUAUUUUUAUCUUUUUGCUGAGUCUCACGCGGCAUGUUGGCAUACGCUCUCGUCGCGACUCAAAAAUUUAUUCGCGCGAGAUUUUUAUCAAUCUAGUGCCAAUCCAUUAAAGAGAAGAAACGUGAGUAGUUCAACAUGCAGCGCGAUCGCAACCUAUUGAACUGUUAUCCCAAAAGGGGUAAAUUACGAAGGCUGUGUUACAUUUUCCAUGGAGUUGUUAGGGAAAGAAUGUGGAAGGGAACGUGAACAAAGAAUGCGACGUGCAUCGUGUUCGCGAUUCGCGAGAAACAAGAGAUUCUUCUUGCGAUCGUAGAAUCGUGAAGCGGUGCAACAUCCGCGUGCGUGUGUGUAGCGAAUAAAGGUUUAUGUAAAUUAAGGCUCGUUAAAUUAAGGAGACGGAUAUGUGUCGUGUCGUGUGUGUUGAACGAUCGGUAAAAGAUUGAUUUCGAAAGAACACAGAAUGGUAUGAAAGAAAUGAAUGAGGGAUGGAUCGAGCGAUUGUGAUUAGAAAUAGAGAUCGCGUGAGGCACACACAGACAGAGACGGUACGUCAUUACAUACACACCAGCUAAGAAACACUGCCAAUACGAUUGUAAUUAAGAGCUCUACGGUAAUUAAUCGAUUAUAAUUAUUCUUACUAUUAUUAUAAAAGGUACGAUUGUAUAAGUGUAUAACCGAAUAGAUCUCUAGCUGACGCGCGCGAGCGGACAAUAGUGCAUCGAAAGUGUCUCGCGUCCGCUCCGCGAGGCACGUAUUUUAAAGCUCUUGAAUCCUCGCCGAGGCUAGUCAGAUUAUGACGUCAAAGGCGAGAAAACACGUUUCUUUAAAUGUCAUUUUUAAAUGAAAAGAUAUUUCAAUGAAACAUUUUCUCAGAUGGCUUCAACACACUUUAAAAAUAUCUCGGAAAACUAUUCUUUUCCUUUGACAGUCAAUCAACAACCAUAAAGUGAUGUCAGACUUUGUCAUGUAGAAUGACUGUGCAUGUGCAAAGACCAGAUAGACUGGAGCCUCAUGUUACAAUCAUGUUACAGCUGUUGAUUGAUUAUAAAGGGAAAACACAGUUUUCAAGAUAUUUUAAGAAUGUGUUAAAGUUAUCUGAAGUUUUAGCGAUAAUCUUUAUUUCGAAAUGGUAUCUAAGAAUUUUUAUCAUGUUUUCUUUUAUUUGACGUCACAAUUCCAACAUGGUUAGCGAGGAGCCAGGAGCCUUAAUGGUUUUUACAAUUUAAUUUUUCCGAGCUGCGCGUCGCGAACGCGCGAAUUGUAAAUGUAAAUACUUAGUUGAAAUUAUCAUCGUAACGAAACGGCAUAUUUACACUACGCGGAAGUCACGCGGUUCAUCGUCGCCGGGGCAAAAGUUACUUCGCGAGAGUAUUCGACAGCUGUCUAAAAGAACGGUAUAAUCUCUCUGUAUCCGCAGAUCUUCGGCGAAUCGAAAGAUCGACACCGGAAGAUGCAAGAAAAAAAAAAAAA